CUUAUUAGCCACGCUGGCUUGUUGCAGUGGAGCACUGUCUGCUGCAAGCAUGCGUGAAACGGACUCAAAACAAACCAAAAACUGUCGUCCUGUGCUAAUGUGGUUUAUUUUUAGUUCAUGAUGGAUCUCCCGUGCGUCCAGUGGCAAGAUCAUGUUGCACAGAAAUGGACGAGACUCGACCCCGAGCUAAAGGAAAAGUUUACAUCCCUGCUUGAAAUAUAUGAUGUUUUCAAAUUUGCCCUAACUCUGACAACCCAAGAUGAUCUGGACUUCGUGCAGUCAAUCUCUGCAGGAUACUCUGCAGAGAAGGAUGCAGAGCAAGCAGCCAAAUGCAGGGAGAGGGGCAACUCUAGUUUUAAGACCAGAGACUACACUGCAGCCGCUCUGCACUAUUCACAGGGCAUAUGUUUUGCUCCUCUAAGUUCGGAGCAGCUGUCUCUGUGCUAUGCCAACCGCUCUGCUGCCCUCUACCAUCUGCAGCACUACCAGGAAUCCCUUGAUGACAUUGACAGAGCUCUAAAAAACAGCUAUCCCUCUCAUCUUUUACACAAACUAGAGGACCGUCACACGCAAUGCCUCAAGCACCUCUCUGUAGGUCAAAAGGCAAAAGAGGAUCAACCCAAUCCUGCCUCAAAGAAUCGUAAAGAUCCAGACAGAGUAAAAAGGGAAUCUGUUGAUCCUUUUACAAUUGGGAUUCAUCCUCAAGCUGCUGUUGGCUUCAGCCCUGAGAAAGGUCGACACCUCGUGGCUGCAGAGAGAAUAGCAGCUGGGGAGGUGAUCCUUCAUGACAGGCCAUACAGCUGUGUCCUUAUACCAGGGAUGGAGGAGUUGAAAGAGAAGGGACGAAGGCAGGACGCAGAGAGAGCAGAGUUGUUUGGAGUGGAGCACAGGCGCUGUCACAGGUGUUUGAUUGAAACACUGUGUCCUGUGCCGUGUGAGGGGUGCAGCUACAGCCGAUACUGUUCAACUUCCUGUCAGCGAGACGCCUGGGAGGAACAUCACUGCUGGGAGUGUCCGCUGGGAGCAGAUCUGAUGGUGAUGGGUGUGAUGUCACAGCUCGCUUUGAGGGUAACACUAAAAGCGGGGUUAAAAAACAUCCAAAUGGCCAGGGAUCCAAUCACAGACGAGCACACAAGCUGUCUGAACAGAGAGUCCAGUGAUCCUUGUACUUCAUACUACGGUGACUCUUACUCAAGCGUGUUUCACUUACGGCACCACCUGGAUCACCACAGCCCUGGUGUUUGUUUCCUCUGUGCAGUUACCAUAGCAGCACUCUACCUAAAGCUCAGCAAGGCAGGAUCUCCACCUGCAUCUUGGGACCUUAGUAGACCCUUAGGGGCAAACAGCCAAUCACCAGAUGAGGAGGGAGGUAUCGCAGAUUGGAACUCGGAGCUGUGGCUGCUGGGAAGUGCUGUUCUGAGGCACAUGCUGCAGCUGAGGUGUAACGCGCAGGCAAUCCUCAUGCUGCAAGAUACAGGAGCAGCAAACUCACCAGUGCAGUCCAGCAAGGAAAUUCGCAUUGCUACGGCAAUAUUCCCAACGCUUAGUCUUCUGAAUCACUCCUGCUGUCCCAACACCAGUCUGGUGUUCAGCACUGGAACCAGUCUGUCUGCAGACUUCAGUGAGAAUGUGCCUGAGUACAGAAGCACAGCACGCGGAGUAACUGUGACUGUCAGAGCAGCCAAAGUUAUCACUCUGGGACAAGAGAUCCUGCACUGCUAUGGUCCUCACAACAGUAGGAUGGCAACCCAAGAACGCCAGCGUCUCCUGCAAGAACAGUACUAUUUCCUGUGUCAGUGUGAGGCCUGCACCCUGCAGCAGGAGGGUGAUUCAGAGGGCAGACAGCAGUGGUUGGGGGUUGAAGGCAGUCCACAAUCUGGACUUCUGUGUGGCAAGUGCAGAGGAUCUCUCAAAAAAAGCAGUGAGGCCAGAGGAAUAGGAUUUAUAUGUUCGCAGUCAUCCUGUGGUCAUCGAAUGUCUUCACCUGAAGUGAGCCACAGGCUGCAGGAGAUCAGGGUCGACCUGGAGAAGGCUGUGGACCUCAUGGAAAGAGAGAGGCCAGAUGAGGCUCUGACACUGUUGAGUCGGACCCAGAGUCAGUCUGGACUGAUACUUGCAGAGACACACCCAGUGCAGGGGGAGUUGGCAGAUGCCACAGCCAGAGCAUAUGCUUCAAUGGGUGACUGGAACAAUGCAGCCUCCCAUCUGGAGAGAAGUGCUGCAGCUAUUGGCUCCCAGUACGGAGAAGACAGUAUUGAAUUGGGACGACAACUCUUCAAAUUAGCUCAGCUACACUUCAAUGGUGGUGCCAGAGGCCCGGCUCUCUCUGUCAUCCCCAAAGUCAGAGAACUCCUCUGCCUUCACAUUGGCCCUGACUGUCACGAAUUACAGGAGCUGCGAGCUAUGGAGGACUGUCUACGGGGGUAGUUUAACAUAUAGCUGACACGAGCGAAAAGUUUUACAAUAUAAUUACAGUUUUAUACUACGUUUGUAAGUCAAAGUAAUUAAAAUCUGUGAAAGUUUCUGA